UCCACACUUUAUUCUGCUACAAAGGAAACCAAAAGCUAAGAAGCUGCAUAGAAGAAUAAUGUGCAUCACUGCAACACAACGCAUUCUGUUUCAUCAAAUCCAUACUUCCAAGAACAGGAGACGUUUAAAAAGGUCCAAACUUCAAGUUCAGAGGCUUUCCAGGAGGAGAUCAUUUGAAGAGAAGCAGGGGAAGGAUAUUGAGCUGAAGAAUCUGCAGCUGUAUUUGGAGAAUCAAACUAUAAUUGAAGAGAAUGAGAAGCUGAGGGAGAAAGCUAAUAUCCUUCAUCAAGAGAACUUGGCUUUAAUGACUGAGUUUCACAAAAAAUUCCCACAUUUUGAUCAGAGAAAAUGAUGGGAUUCAUCAGAGGGUGACAUGGUUUUAUCUCUUCCUUUCUUAAUGUAUUCGACUCUUUAUUCAAUAUAUGUGUGCACUUUGUCAAGAACA